AUGGAUCUAGCCAAUCUGUCACAGCUUCAGACCGAAGCCGUCAAUCCCCGGACGGCACAGAUCGAUCAGAUCUCGACCAUGGAGAUGUGCCGAUUGAUCAACGAAGAGGAUCACCGUGUUGCUCCUAGUGUCACACCAUGUGUCUCUGAAAUUGCCGCUGCUAUUGAUGCGCUAACCCCGCGAGUGCGAAAUGGUGGACGAGUCAUCUACGUGGGUGCAGGGACCAGUGGAAGACUCGGGAUCCUCGAUGCAUCCGAGAUCCCUCCGACGUUUGCUGCUCCGCCAUCGCAAUUUGUCGGGCUGAUCGCAGGCGGUGAUGCUGCCAUUCGACGAGCGCAAGAAGGAGCCGAAGACAGUGUUGCUGGAGGUGAGGCCGACAUGGGAGCUUUGCAGCUCAAUCCAGAGCUGGACAGCGUCAUCGGCAUCGCUGCAUCCGGCCGUACGCCAUACGUCCUCGGAUGUUUGGCAUUCGCGAAAAAGAUCGGCUGCCUCACCAUCGGUGUGGUCUGCGCUUCUCCCUCGGCAAUGGCGUCAUCUGGGACAGUCGACUUCCUGAUUGCUCCGCUGCCAGGUCCGGAGGUCGUGACGGGCAGUACCCGGUUGAAGGCGGGAACGGCGACCAAGAUGGUGCUGAAUAUGCUAAGCACGGGUACCAUGAUCCGAACGGGCAAGACUUAUGGAAACCUGAUGGUAGAUCUUGUAGCUUCCAAUCUGAAGCUGGAACAGCGAUCGCGCAAUAUCCUGCGAAGGCUGAGCGCUCGUUGUGACAGUAUGACAGAUGAGGAGCUGGACGAGUUGCUGACAAGAUGCAAAGGAAGGGUGAAACUAGCUCUUCUCGUCGCGGAAACGGGGCAACCGGUUGAACAGUGCGAGGAGACUUUGGCAUCUGCUGGGGGUGUACUCGCCAAGGUGUUACAGAUAUCUUCUGCAGAGGUCAGGCAUGUACAGACGCCUGCUACGAACAGACAAUAUGUACUCUGCAUUGACGGCGGGGGGACCAAGUGCGCGGCCGUCAUCGCGAACCUGAAAGGCAGCGUUGUCGGGCGAGGGACGACAGGUCCAUGUAAUCUGACUGAUGGAAAUGCCAUGGAGGAGGUAAUUCAGACACUCAUGGCCGCUACAAAGGACGCUUUGUCGACCUUUCCGUCUCCAGAUUGCACUCUCCGGUCCGUUUUCAAGUCAGUCUGGAUUGGUUUGGCGGGCAUUGACCGGAGGAAUCUCCGAGAGUCCCUCCUGCCAAGGGUCUGCGCGCUGUUUGGAUUGACGGAGAAAGAGAUCCGACUAACAAACGACGUGGAUCUGCUGGUGGCCGCUGCGAGUUCCCACCGAGACUGUUCAUCUGCAGUCGUGGUCAUUGCUGGCACCGGGAGUGUGGCCAUGCGAUACAACCGAAGUGAUGAUGGCAAUGAGUACUCCCGAAUCGCUCGAUCCGGCGGCUGGGGACACAUCUUGGGAGAUGAAGGAGGGGGAUAUGCCAUCGGACUGGAGGCCAUCAAAUACACCUUGGCGGUACUCGAAGAGACGAGACUGGGUAUACGUAUAGAGCCACUAGGACGUUUGGAGCAGGCAGUUCUUGAACGACUGGGAUGUGUCACCUGCCGGCCAAUGCAGAUUGAUCUCGUCAGUGAGAUCCUUGUUCAACAGCACAAACAGACGAUCAAAGCCCGCAUUGCAGGUGCUGCCGAAGUGGUGCUCAGCAUGAACGGACAGGACGACAUCGCCUCGGCCAUUGUCAGUCGACAAAUCGAUUACUUGGCAAGUCGGACCGUAGCACGUCUGCUAGAUCCUGCUUGUGAUGGAUACGUUCCUACAGAGCAUACUGGUCUGAUUCUUUCUGGUAGCAUCCUCAAGAACCAGGCUUAUCAGGAUCAGUUUUUGAAUGUCCUUGAGAAGACAGGUGCUCGGUUCGCCUAUGUGGAGACAGUAUCAGAUGCAGGCCUUCUUGGUGCAAAACAUCUCACAUAG